CAUCACAGUUUAUAUCUGCAGAGAGAAGAGUUCAUCUUAAUGUGAAUAUCUGCAGUCUGCUGUUUUGCACUCUUCCUAGGACUUGGUCGCAACUUUGAUGAGCACAGAAAUGUCUGGCAUCAGUAUUGUGGCACUUCUGGUUUUCCUGGCUGUCCCUGAGGGUAUCAGCCUCGGCAAUCAGGGGUUUGAUCGAUGUCAAUGCAUCACCAAGGAGAAGAGGCCCAUUGGACGGCAUAUAAGAACGGUGCAGGUGAUCCAGCCAAGCUCACAUUGCCAAGACAUGGAGAUUGUUGCCACGCUCAAAAAGGAUGGGAAAAGGGUUUGUCUGGACCCUAAUGUACCUUGGGUCAAAAAGACACUUGAAAGGCAACAGACUCAGCAGACGCCUUGAAAAAUCACCUUCAGCUUUGACUCACAUUUAGAAAGAGAUUUCAGGACACAUCACUUAUCACUCCUGAAGUUCAAAGUGGAAUGUGGAAAGAUGAGUUGCAGCUGAUGUGAGACUUAAAUCACUAUUUUUUAAAAGUAUUUGAGUACUCUGAGUGCUUGCAGGACAGAUUAGCAGGUUAACACAAAAGUAUAUUAAUAUGCUAUGCAAAAUGUUACUAUAUGAGUUACUAGGUAAGCAGUUACAAUACUUUCAGAUGCAGGGUGUUUAUUUCAAGAUCUGUGUCAAAAAACUGUACUGGCUUUACAUCCAAUAAAAUUCUCAAAUUAA